AUGGAUAUCAAUCCAACUACUGGUUAUGAAAUACUCAGAGUUGAAAUUAUUUCAUCAAGUUUCAAGAGUUUGUAUAGUGUAGUCUGGCACUGGGAUGGAAAAAGUUUCCUUACUUCGCAUAAUAAUGGUUUACUUGCAACUUGGUUAAUUCGCCAACCACAACGUCCAGUUUCUGUGAUCUGCCCACAUGCCCCUGGUGAAGCGGUUCCAGAUGACUAUAUAUUUUACGAACCGAUACGUUUGGUAGAAUGGCUGCCAACUAGAAAUGGCGAACCAUUCAUUAUCUUUUCUGGUGGUGGCCGUUCUCCUGGAGCUCAAACUGUCAUUCAUUCAUCAGUAGCUACUACUAAUGUCUCCUCGACGUCGUUACCUAUUUCAGAUUCAUCUGAAAAUGACCCAAAUUUAUCAUCAUCAUCAUUAUGUAUGAUUUCUAGUAAUCAUAUGUUGACUAUCAAAAGAGGCAAAAAGUUGGUCGUUUUACAAUUGGAUCAUAAACUUGUUCAAUUUACAACUCUUUGUAUGUCUCCUUACACAAGUGAGACAAUGGAUCCUUAUGCAGUUGCCAUAUUAUUACAAGAAGAUCUUGUUGUUAUUGAUCUUUUAUCUACAAACUUCGCAACAUUUGAAAACCCAUAUCCAAUGGAUUUGCAUAGUUCUCCUGUCACCAGCUGUUUAUAUUUAGUUGAUUGUCCUGGAGACUUGAUACCUGCUUUCUAUUCUGUUAGCAGUCGUCGGAAUCGUACUCAAAGUGGCACGUGUGCUGAACCUGAUGUGUUCAGCAGUCGCGAAUGGCCUAUUACUGGAGGAGAAUGGCGAUUAAGUAAUCAACAAGUUCCUGAAUUAAUCAUAACGGGACAUGCUGAUGGAUCUGUUCGAUUUUGGGAUGCAUCUGAAGUUUCGUUGACGCCACUCUAUAAGUUUCGUACUUCGAAGUUGUUUGCAAACCCAUCAACUAGUACAUCUAAUCCUGUUGAAACAUGCAGUACCUCACUUUCUGAUGCAAAAGAUAUCAAUGCUCAAUAUUCUUCGAUUUUGUUAGCAACUGAAAGCGAUCCUCUUGCCAUACAUUUUAUGCACUUCUGCUCGGAUUCCCGUAAACUGUUAACUGCAAGCAGUUACCAUACUUGUUUAUUACACUUCAGUCGUCGAGAAAUAAAUCUUGAAACUGCAGUUAUGGAUAUCAAUAUGGCUUAUGAUGGAUUAGAUGAUAUUGGUUUCGCCUAUUCAACUGGUGAUACUUUCUCUGAUGAUCAUUUGAAUACUGCUGAAAAUUUAUCCGGUAACGUGACUAAGGAUACUGUCCAACAGUCAUUACCUCAUGUAUCCAGUGGGAGUGUUAGCUCUUAUCAAUCUGCAUCUCCAACAGAAAGGGAUUUACGCGUAUUCGUUCCAGUACGUCAAGGUAGCCAUCAUUGGCCUCCUGGCUACCAACCACUUCUUGUUUGUCGUGUAGGCAUACUUGGACUAAGCUUUGAGUCAAAUAUAAAGUCAAGUACCGAUCCUACAGCUUCCUGUCUCAUCCCUCCGCCAUCUAUUACAGCUAUUAGUAUGAGUUCAGCUUUUAGUUUAAUGGCUAUCGGAAGCGAAUUCGGCAUUGCUGUUGUGGAUUAUGUUCACAAGAUUUGCUUGCUGUCUAUUUCAUCUUCUGACUUAUUAAGUCGUGGUCCUAUCAAUCUAACUGGGUCGUCUGCUUCGGGUGAAGUGAAAUUCUGUGAUCAGAAUAAUAGUUCAGCUGGCUCAACUUCGUUGGCUAAUACAUGCAUUAUAAACAAUCAGACAGCUUUGAAAAACGUCCACUCAAAUUCAGAUGCUGCACAAUCGAGUGAGUCAUCUAGUACCGGUUAUACAACACGCUAUGUAUUAUCAAGAACUACAACUGUCAAAAGUGAAUUGAAACGUGCCAAGUCCCAAGUGGUUUUGGCCUGUCGAACAAAUCAAUCAUCUCGUCAACAAGGACAAACGUCUAAUGCACAAAACACUUCUUCAGAAAAGUGCUCCGAUCUUUCACAGUUUUCACAUCCGGGAAGUUUAACCGCAAGUUCUAGCUCAUUAGAUAAUCUAAACUGUGAGACAAUUAAAACAAUUUUAUUCAGUGAAUGGAUAUCCCCUAAACAAGACUUACAUUUUGUCCCAAAUCUCUGGAUCGGGACAUCUCGUGGAUGUGUCCUUGCUUUGAAUCUAAAGUAUCGAGUAUUGAAUAAUGUCCCAAUCAAUCACUCAUAUUGUAUUGCUUCUUUGUAUCGUUUACGUGGAGAUAUUAUUCACAUUAGCCUGUUGGAUAAUACCGGUGAUAUUUUACCGAGUCCUUCUGAGCGUUGGGAUGAUUCAUUUAUUUUCAAAGGUGGUGCUGCCUCUGAACUUUCGAAACAAGCAUCUCUUAUAUCUUGUUCAUCCAUAUGUUCUGAAGGAACUUCUAUGUAUACUAAUGCUGACGCAUAUAGUUCAACUGAUACUGGUUUCAAGUCUUGUGGUGGUGGUGGUGGCAGUGUUCGAGCAUUGAAAGAGUCAGUUAUUCGACAAAAUACAGUCACCACACAUACGUCUUCAACAUCAACAUCGGGUCACUCUAGUACUAUACUAUCCAAUACUAUGAGCGGUGGUGUCAGUACAUUUCAGUCAAGUGGUACAACUGGACUUGAUUCUCCUACAACAUCCAAAGGUUUUAUCGAGUGUGACCGACAGCUGGUUGUCCUUUGUUCGGAAAAGCAAGCUCGAGUAGUUGCACUUCCUUCACAAAAUUGUCUUUAUAAGGUAAAAAUAACUGAAACAAGUCAAGUGGUACGUGCUUCCGUACAACGUUUGAGACCAUCGCAUAAUAGCGGAACAUCAACGGCUAGUUUCCUCGCAUGUUAUCUUGCAAAUGGACAUUUUGUUGCCUUCUCAUUACCGAGUUUACGUUUACUAAUGGAUGUGGAUUAUUUACCGUAUACAGAAUGUGUAAGCCGUUCGUUUGCAUUUGGUCAGUAUGGUCAAUCUGUGUAUUUGGUGUCGCCCUCAGAAUUAGCUAAAAUCACCUGGGCAUCAGAUGUUUGUGCGAAUUUACGUGAUAUGCAAGGUGAGAUAUUUCUACCAAGUAAUAUGCCAGAACCUCCUAAGAAAAACUUUUUCAAAAAUUUGUUAAGUGGAACUUUGGUAUCUUCAUUAGAUCGAGAUGAAUUGUUUGGUGAAGCAAGUUCGGGGAAGGGGACACCUGGCGCUACUACUCUGCUACCAAAUGCUCGUUUGGAAAAGUUAUCUGGUCAAACUGGUGCUGCCUCUUCUGAAAUUGCACGAGCUAGAAAUGCUGCUAUCGAACGUGGUGAGCGGUUACAGCAAUUAGACCUACAAACGCAAGAGAUGGCUGAUCAAGCUAAAGGUUUUGGUCGUUCUGCUGCUAUUCUCGCUGCCAAAUACGAGAAAAAGGACAAACGCUGGGGUUUGCCAUUCUAA